AUGUCGUCUUCAACUGCCAACCAAUCAUAUAACACCGUUUACGCCAACACCAACACCUCUGGUGGCUCGACUUACACGGGCGGCCAGGCCGCUUCCACCGGCACCAUGCUUAAUCAGUGGGCCACCACUCCAGACCGUACAGAACGAUUCUACGUCACAGGCCAAAGAACUGGUCACGGUGUAUGGGAAGGCAUGGAUAAGAUUAUGGCUUUUGACAGAGCUUACAAUCAAAGGAAAUGA